UGCAAUUGCUACAGCUCUGUUACAGGAAAGCAGCACUGAACACAUGACAGAUCUGUCAACAAACAGAAAUGAACCAGUCUGUGUUUUAGUUGAAAGAACCACAACACUGAGACUUCAAAUCUUGGCCUGGCAUAGCCUUCCGGACACCACUGGUGCACAAAUUUACCACAGAUUCUCUGCUUCUAUGCUGAAAAGAAGUGGUGCAGACGUCCAGAAGGAGAAUCGAGAAUGGAUCCUGAAGUGCAACACUCUCCGCUGGCAGAGCAUGGCUCACUUCUACUCAGACAGCUGGAGAAGAUGAGAGCAAGUGAGGAGCUCACUGACGUGGUGCUGCUGGCAGAAGGGAUUUCCUUUCAUUGCCACAAGGUGGUACUGUCUGCAUUCAGCCCUUACUUCCAGGCUAUGUUCACCUGUGGUCUGAAGGAGACACGAGGAGCAGAGGUUUCUCUCAGAGACACUCCUGCUCAGAUCCUGGAGCUUCUACUGGACUACAUGUACUGUGCUGAACUUCUGCUUUCCAAUGACAACAUCCAGGGAGUGGCAGCUGCUGCGUUUCUGCUCCACGUUGAUGGAGCUUUCAGGUUGUGUCAGAGUCACAUGGAGGCCUGCAUGGAUCCAUCCAACUGUAUCGGUCUGUAUCACUGGGCCAGGGACCUCGGAGCAACUACUCUGGCUGACUGUGCCUUCAGAUACCUCUGUCAACACUUUACACAGGUCUGUAAGGAAGAGGAAGUGUUGGAGCUGGAUGCCCAAAGUCUUGGGGAACUGCUGAGCUCAGAUGAUCUCAACAUAUCACAGGAAGAGGUUGUGUUGGAGCUUGUGCUGCGUUGGGUGGAGAAGCGGAGGGGUGACUCACAAAGAGAAGCACAGGCUGUGGAGUUGCUCAGGCGAGUCCGCCUGGAGCUUGUGGACCCUGGAUUUCUUCGUAAAGCAAGGAGGAGGAACCCGGUGCUUCUGCGGGAUGCUGAGUGCUUUGGUAUGAUUGAUGCUGCUCUGCAAACCUCAGGGCUCUGUGAGACAUCAGCUCCACCUCGCCCGGCUCUUCGCUAUGGCAUGGAGACAACUGACUUGUUGCUUUGUUUGGGUGGAGUUAAUGUGGAGGGAGUCCCUGCCCGACGUGGAGGACGUGCCGAUCUCAGUUUUUGCUUUGCCCCUCAUGGAAGAAAGAUCUACUACAUCCCCUCUCCGCUGAGAGGAUGUGGAGGCAUGGGACAGAUUACAGCAGGAGCAGUCACUCGAGACAACAACAUAGUGGUGGCCGUAGAGGCAGAAGAUCAACACAGGAUGAAGAGGGUUGAUAUCUAUGGGUACAAAAAUUCAGAGGAGAACAACUGGGUGGAGCUGUGCUCAGCAGCAUACAGGGACAUGUAUGCAUUAGGUCUGGUAGGAGAUGGCCUCUAUUUGAUAGGAGGUCAGAUGAAAGUGCGUAAUCAAUACGCCAUCACCAACAGUGUGGAGAGGUGGUCGCUGAAGAGAGGUGGCAGCUGGCUCAGCUUUUCUCCUCUGCCUCUGCCUUUAGCCUGCCACAGUGCUGUGAGCCUCAACGAACAUAUCUACGUGCUGGGUGGCUGGACACCACAGCAUCAGCCAGACGACGAGCCUGACAAGCUGAGUAACCGUGUGUUUCAGUUUGACCCUGGCAAAGACAGGUGGACAGAGUGCACCAGGAUGAAAUACUCGAGGUACCGCUGCGGCACGGCUGUCCUCAACGGGGAAAUCUACGUGUUAGGUGGCAUAGGAUGCGACGGAGAGGACCGGGGACAGUCACGACGUUGUUUGAGCUCUGUGGAGAUCUACAACCCAGACACAGACACCUGGAGGGUGGGACCAACUCUCCCCACAUCUCUACUCUCCCUUCGAACCAACGCCUCCAACACAGGAGUAGCAGAGGGAAAGCUCUACUUGUGUGGAUACUACAAAGGAGCCGGGCGUCAUGAGAUCAUCACCAAGGAGAUUUUGGAACUGGACCCUGCGGACAAUGUGUGGACUGUGGUUGAAAGACGAGCUCCCAUGCACGACAGCUAUGACGUCUGCCUGGUGGCUAAUCUCAAUCCUCGAGACCUCUUCACACCCUGAUGCCUCUCCUCCGCACCCUGAUCAACAAAGCCAGGGCCCAGCAUGCGUGGGAACUGGGCGACUUUUCACUAGACCUCAUAAAAGCUUUAUCCAAACUCGGCCUCGCUCCUGGAUUUCUAAUGUAUCAACAGCAAGGUCAAAAUGCUUGUGAAGCCUUCUUCGGUGCUGUGCAUGUUUAAACUUUGGAAGUAAGGUAGUUUCUUCAAAAGUUAAAGACUUUUUUUUUAAAGAAACUUGGUGAGGAUUUGAUUAAGGUUUGAGCAAUAUAAACUGCUCUCCGUUGGACGUAAAUGACAUGCAAAUUGCAGCGUGUGAUGUGUCCUUUGCAGCACAAAUUCAUGUGUAAUUCAGAAGAAUAAAAAAAAUGUUAACAAAUAUUUAAUGAGCAUUGUGUAUAACAUGGUUAUAGUAAUAUUUGUGAAAUAAUACCUCUUGAAAUAUUUACCACUCCCAUAUCAAAUAAAUGACAGAUCCGUAUAACUUGGAAGCAGUGGGGUGCAUUUCUCCAGAUAGUUCCUAGAUUGAGGCUUUGAUAACGGAUGGUGCAGAUAUGUAGGCCGCCGGCUAACCGACCAGGAGGUGUCAGCGGAGCAGGUGUGUGUCAGUGGGAGUGAUGCAGACAACCGUGAGAAACUCCUCAAACAUUCCCCAGGGUUGAUAAAUACUCACUCCCUGCUCGGUCUCUGGGCAGAGUGACCAUGAUCCUGCAACAAUGGCUGGUUUUGGCUCUGGGUGAGUGCACUUUGCAUUUUAAUUACUUGAUCAUAAUUUGCAGUUCUAGUAGCUAAUUGCAGCUGAGUGACAACCCAAUUAGAGGGUUUUCAUUGGAAGCAAAUUUAUGUAGAUGUUGCCGUCCAUUGUCGUCCAUUUCCUGUAUCCUUAUUUGUACUUUCUUCAGUUUGUAUAUUUGUGUCUGUAUUAAAAACGCUACUUUCCUUUGAGUA